GGCCCGUGGGCUCCGCCCCCGUCAGCGGCGUGGAAGCAGCACGCAUGGUCCGUAGACGGGCAGACCUUGGAGGGGAGGCGGCCGGACUCGCAGACGCGGAUGGGCGACACCGGCGUGCCAAGUAUGAGGCUCGCCGUGCCAGGACGGAAGCAGCCGGAUCCCGACGGCGGCGGCGGCGGCGACAGAGCUUCGUGGAUUGUACCAGCAGCUCAAGGACCGAACUGUCUGAAGAUCCAGUGACAAACAAAAUGCCAGAAAAAUCAUUACGGUCUUGCAGCCUCUGAAUCAUGGGAAAUGUCGAGAGCCAGAAUGGGGACCAUGGCCUCUACGGUAACGAGCGUGGCUAUUUGUCACGUAAGCACAUGUCUCGGUCCCUUCGCAUCUCCAACAAGCAGUCCAGACGCUCUCGACACGCUUCAUCAGGGAAAAUAGAGCACAGGAACUCUGAGACAAGCACGCGCUCAAGUAGCACCCCAAGUAUCCCACAGUCCCUGGCUGACAAUGGCCUGGAACCCUUCAAUGAGACAAAUAUUCUCCCAGACUUUGGAAGCCCAAUUUGGGUGGAUCGUGUGGCCAUGAAUCUGCGACCUGUGUCCUUUCACAAUGACCUUACCAAUCCCUCAGUGCACAUGAAUACAAUGCACAUAACCCUACCUGGCCCCACUGCGGAGGAGGUGCAGGACGAAGACGUGUACACUGGCGAGGUAACAUACCUGCAGAAGACCCGGGACGGGACCAAGGAGACCCUCAGCUUCAAGAAGAAGAGGUCUAAGUCUGCGGACAUGUGGCGAGAUGACAGCCUGGAGUUCUCCCUGUCAGAUCUCAGCCAAGAGCACCUGACCAGCACAGAAGAAAUCAUAGACCCCGCCAACGAGAGAGCUUUCACUGACUGCGAAGGCCACCUGCAGUCCAGCCCCACAGACUCAACUGACAGGGCAAACUCCCUGGACGAGCUGUACAGCCAGAAGGGCUCUGCCCGCAGGCAACCCCAUGGCCGCUACGCCAAGUGGCACGACGCCAACAGGGCUAUCAGGGAGGGCGAGGAUGAUAAGAUGCUCUCCCCGUCAGAGGAGGAUGGGAACGCUUACGGUGCAUUCACCCUCCCUUGCCGGCGUUCUCACUGCCUGUCGGAAGGCCUUAGCAGCCAGCAAGCUGCCAUGUGUGCCAGUAUGCAGGGCAGGAGGGCACAGACUAUACAGGAUGUCACAGCGGGGGAGGGCAGCGAGUACGAGGACAGUGGCAUCGACGGGGUGACAGUGGAGGCAGAGCACCAAUCCAGACGUUACAAGACCAUGUCGGCCUCCUUUUCCGUGUGCUCGGCGCACGGUAGGAGCAUGUUCGCCGGCAGCGACAGCGGCAGCAGCAGUGGCGGCGGGGCCAGUGAGUGUGUACAGGGUGUGUACGAGAACUUUCGUCAGGAACUGGAGAUGAGCUCCUGCCAGACGGAGAGCUUGGAAGAGGCGGGGUCGGCCUUAAGUGAUGAGCAGAGCAAUAUGAGCUCCGCCUACCAGUCUGACCCGUUGCUCAGUGUCGCUCAGGGGAUGGUGCGCAAGGCUGGCAGGCUUGCUGUUAAGAACUUCCUCGUACAUAAAAAGAACAAGAAAGUGGAGUCAGCCACAAGGCGCAAGUGGAAAAGUUACUGGGUUUCCCUAAAAGGUUGCACUCUGUUCUUCUAUGAGACUGAUGGCCGCUCAGGGAUCGACAACAACAGUAUUCCCAAGCAUGCCAUCUGGGUAGAGAACAGUAUUGUCCAGGCUGUACCAGAGCAUCCCAAAAAGGACUUUGUCUUCUGUCUCAGCAACUCCCUGGGAGAUGCCUUUUUGUUCCAGACCUGCAGCCAGACAGAGCUGGAGAACUGGAUCACAGCCAUCCACUCGGCCUGCGCCACCGCCGUCGCCCGCCAGCACCACAGAGAGGACACGGUGCGGCUGCUCCGCGCCGAGAUCAAGAAGCUGGAGCAGAAGAUUGACAUGGACGAGAAGAUGAAGAAGAUGGGAGACAUGCAACUGUCCGCCGUCACUGACACCAAGAAGAGGAAGACAAUCCUUGAUCAAAUCUUUCUGUGGGAGCAGAACCUGGAGCAGUUUCACAUGGAUCUAUUCCGCUUCAGGUGCUACCUUGCCAGCCUGCAGGGGGGUGAGCUGCCCAACCCCAAACGCCUCCUGGCCUUUGCCUCCCGCCCUACCAAGCUGGCAAUGGGCCGACUGGGUAUAUUCUCUGUCUCUUCCUUCCAUGCACUGGUGGCAGCUCGCACGGAGACCGGAGUGAGACGGCGAACACAGGCCAUGUCUCGGUCCUGCAGCAAGCGCAAGAGCAGGUUCUCCUCCCUCUGGGGUCUGGACACUACCUCAAAGAAAAAGACAAAAGCCCACCCCACUAUCAACCAGGUCUUUGCCGAUGGCGAGGAGCCAGUGAAAAAACCCGUAGAUGGCAUAUAUGUUGAUCAUACUAAAGAGCACAGAAAAAGUGAGGAGGGAAUUGUGAAAAGCCUUCCACGGCCCAGCACCGAGAGUGACAUCUGGGUCCCUGACCACCUCACCCCCUCCUGGGUGUGUUUGCCAAAUGACCAGCCAGUGCUAACCAUCAUCCAACCAGGGGAGUCCGCACUGUGCGUUCUGGAAACCAUCUGCAAGGCUCACCUGCUGGAUCCCACCAAGCACUACUUGCGACUCAAAUUCCUUAUCGAAAACCAAGUGCAAUUCUACAUUCCAAAACCGGAGGAGGAUGUGUGCGACUUGCUUUACAAAGAAAUCGAGCUCUGCUCCAAAAUAACAAAAGUAAUCCAGUUCGACAGAGAUGAAUCCUGCAUGAUUGGUUACGGUUUCUCCAUUUCAGUGGUGGAGGAGGACGGAGUACAGCAGCUCUACAUCACCGAUGUGAAGGCGGGUGGAUUAGCCUUCGCCAAAGGCCUAAACGCAGGGGAUGAAAUACUUCAGCUGAACGGAAAGGACUCUCACAGUCUCAACUUCUCCGACAUGAAGGCGGCGUUCUCUCAAGCGUCGCUGGCUUUGACGGUCAACACCCUGCCUUCUGUGGACCGCCGUCAGCUGUGCUACGUGCCGCCGCGCCGCUCAGAUGCAGAGGAGGAUCUCUACACGGACAUCUUCUCCCAGAGUCAAGAGGAGAUCCUGGACGACGGGGUGGGACUGUUGCUGGAGAGCUCAGGAGACAGCCUGGACGAUGACUCUGAGAUCUUCAGUGAGUUCGAUGAGUGCAGAAAGAGUACGGAGCAGGUCGCUGCUUUCUGCCGCAGUCUCCAUGACAUGAAUCCCGCGGAGUGUGUGUCCUCCUCACCUAGCCCGGACUCCCCCUUCCCACCUCCUGCAACUCCCCGGCAGCUCUCUGAUGCCGACAAGCUCCGCAAAGUCAUCUGUGAGCUCGUUGAGACCGAACGAACCUAUGUCAAAGAUCUCAAUUGCCUCAUCGGGAGAUAUUUAACCCCACUGCAGAAAGAGACCUUUCUCACUCAGGAUGAGCUGGAUGUUCUGUUUGGGAACCUGCCGGAAAUGGUGGAGUUCCAAGUUGAGUUUCUCAAGACCCUGGAAGAUGGGACCAGACUGGUUCCAGAUCUGGAGAAGCUGGAGAAAGUGGAUCAGUUUAAGAAAAUCCUCUUCUCCCUGGGAGGCUCUUUCCUGUACUAUGCAGACCGUUUUAAAAUCUACAGUGCUUUCUGCGCCGGCCACACCAAAGUCCCUAAGGUCCUUGUAAAGGCCAAAACAGACCCCCAUUUCAAGGCCUUCCUGGAUGAGCGCAACCCUAAGCAGCAGCACUCUUCCACCCUGGAAUCAUAUCUAAUCAAACCCAUCCAGAGGGUGCUGAAAUAUCCCCUCCUGCUGAAGGAGCUCUACUCACUCACAGAUCCAGACAGCGAGGAGCACUACCACCUGGAUGUUGCCAUGAAAGCCAUGAACAAAGUUGCCAGCCACAUCAAUGAGAUGCAGAAGAUCCACGAGGAGUUUGGAGCAGUGUUCGACCAGCUCAUCACUGAGCAGAGCGGAGAAAAGAAAGAGGUUGCCGAUCUGUCCAUGGGUGACCUGCUACUCCAUACCAGUGUGACCUGGAUCAACCCUCCUGCCUCCUUGGGAAAAUGGAAGAAAGAGCCCCAGAUGGCUACAUUUGUGUUCAAAACGGCAGUUGUCUUUGUAUGCAAGGACGGGUCCAAGCAUAAAAAGAAAAUGGGUGGCUCCCAUCGAGUCUCUGUAUCUUCAGAUGAAAAAGACCCUUUCCGAUUCCGUCACAUGAUCCCGACUGACGCACUUCAAGUCAGAUCCUUGACCAAUACAGAUGGCGAGGGCUCUGCCGUGUGCGAGAUUGUGCACACGAAGUCAGAGUCAGAGGGAAGGCCGGAGAGGACAUUUCAGCUGUGCUGUAGCUCUCCAGAGAGUAGAAAAGACUUUCUGAAGACAGUCCAUUCCAUCCUGAGGGAAAAGCACCGGCGGCAGCUCCUAAAAACAGAGAGUUUACCCCUCAACCAGCAGUAUGUGCCCUUUGGAGGAAAACGUCUCUGUGCCCUGAAGGGAGCCCGUCCCACCAUAAAUAGAGCAGGUAAAUGCCCGUCUGUGGCUGCCGUUACCCUACAGCUCCGAGUGGCCCAGUUCUGAGUUUGUUCCUUCUUACCUGACACAGAUAGGAUGCUUUGGUGUAGUCAGCAGCAGCAGCAGCAGCAGCAGCAGCAGCAGCAGCAGCAGCAGCAGCAGCAGCAGCAGCAGCAGCAGCAGCAGCAGCAGCAGUCUGAGUUGGCGGGGGACACAGACCGCUGGGUGGAGGAACAGUUCGACCUAGAAGAAUACGAGGACCAGGAGGAGGUGAAGGAGACAGACAUCCUGAGCGACGACGAUGAGUUCUGUCAGACACCCAGGGCGCCAUCCGCUGAAGCUAACCUAGAGGCCCCGGUCAUGGCUUUGUCCUUGGAAGGUGAGGAGACAGACGAAUGCGAGAGCCUUAAGUCCCCGGCGGUCCGUGAGACACAGGAUGUGAAGCAGGUCAACACGGACAAGCAGAGCACUGUGAACAAUGACAACACGGAGAAUCGGAAGCAAACGGAGAAAGAUGAGAUUUGGGUACGAAGGGAGCAAUCAGGUUCAUCCCCAGACUCUGGCACAUAAAAGCCGAAGAGGACAGGCAGACAGCAAAUGUUUUAUCAGCUUUACAUGGGCUCCAUAAAGAUCAGUCAUCAGUCUUCACCAACAAUGCAUGGGCACUGACGUACAGUAUAUCACACAGCUAGUAGAAGAUAUAUCCUUCCUUACCUUACUUUUGCUGACUGCAUUUUGUACAGGUAAGAUUCAUCGGUGGAGAGCAAUACAGGAAUCCAGAAUGAGGGAGCUCUAUCCCAAAUCGAAUGCCGUGGCAUAUAAGUCAAGCGUAAGCUUUGAGAGAUGAACUAAUGGUACAAUCAUGGAAUCUAAUCAGUCGCUUUGAUUGGCAUGGUUUGCACAUUUGGGCAGCAUUCUGUAGUCCUGCCUGCUGUUGCCAAAUCUGGGUAUUGUAAGAAAAUUAAUAUUUGUUUUAUCUGUGUGGCUCAGAGAUAUUAUCAUAGUUAAGGGCUGUAUAUUAUUUGUCCUUACAGAAAUAGAAUAAAUAAUUGCAAAGAACAGUCUUGUCUUGCAAUGUUUGCUGUACUUGUACAUUUUCACAAGAAUAUACACUGACAUGUUUUGGGAACAGAUUUCCUGGCUAUGUAUAGUAUAUGAUUUUGAUUCUCUUGUUUCACAGACUUAAAUCUUUUUAGCCGGGAAAAUAUUUUGUUUGAUCUCGUUACAUUUAAUAGUGAAAUUAUGUAAUAGCCCCUAUGUCAAGGAGACUAGGGGAUUUUAAUUUGUUUUAACUUAACAUAAUCCUGUUUUACUUGAAUUUUUUAAUUUGCUGUUUCAUGUCUUUUUAUUUACUGUGAACCCAUUGUUUGUUUUGUUUUCUUCCUCCCUUUUUGCUUUUCAGUAUUGCCAUUCAAGGAACACUCAUUAUAUUCAUUCUUAACAUUUCACGUGCCCACUCUGUAUUUUAGAGAAUUUGCACAUCAGAUACCUUAAAAGGUCUUUUGUGUUCAAAAAAGAUUGUUCACUGGUAAUUGAUUAUAAAGCAAUGUUUGUUUUUUUUAUUUAUUCAUUUGUAAAUUAAUUUUUUAGCAAAACAACACAAGUAUUCAUUUUUUUUUCACAAAGAAAGUCCAAA